AUGUUCAAGAACACAGAAGCUCAAGACCCUUUGUGUGUUGACCAGAUGUCGUCCCGCAAAGGGUCAGCAACCAGCCAAGGAAAUGGACUUUCCAACAGCAGCCGAGAAGGAGACGAUUUGGAGCUGGCAGAAUUGGGGCCGCUACUAGAGGAGAAGGGAGACCAGGGAGCUGCCAGCUCAGCCAGCGCCAAGGAGCAGCCAUGCACAGUGCCGCAGGAGGAGGAGGAGGAGGUGGUUCGCGUGCUGACUCUACCUCUGCAGGCUCAUCACGCUAUGGAAAAGAUGGAGGAAUUUGUGUAUAAGGUGUGGGAAGGGCGCUGGAGGGUGAUUCCCUAUGAUGUGCUCCCGGACUGGCUGAAGGAUAACGAUUACCUCCUGCAUGGACACAGACCCCCUAUGCCGUCCUUCAGAGCCUGCUUCAAGAGCAUCUUCCGAAUACACACCGAGACGGGCAACAUCUGGACUCACUUACUAGGUUUUGUGUUGUUCCUCUUCUUGGGGAUUCUGACCAUGCUCAGGCCCAACAUGUACUUCAUGGCCCCUCUUCAGGAGAAGGUGGUGUUCGGGAUGUUCUUCCUUGGAGCAGUGCUAUGCCUCAGCUUUUCCUGGCUUUUCCACACCGUCUACUGUCACUCAGAGAAGGUCUCCCGGACGUUUUCAAAAUUGGAUUACUCAGGAAUAGCACUGCUGAUUAUGGGGAGCUUUGUCCCCUGGCUCUAUUACUCGUUCUACUGCUCACCGCAGCCUCGGCUCAUCUACCUCUCCAUUGUCUGUGUCCUGGGCAUCUCCGCAAUCAUUGUCGCUCAGUGGGACCGGUUUGCAACCCCCAAGCACAGACAGACCAGAGCAGGGGUAUUUUUGGGGCUGGGGCUGAGUGGCGUUGUGCCCACCAUGCACUUCACCAUCGCUGAAGGGUUUGUGAAAGCCACCACCGUGGGCCAGAUGGGGUGGUUCUUCCUCAUGGCUGUGAUGUACAUAACAGGAGCAGGGCUGUACGCUGCCCGCAUCCCAGAGCGCUUCUUCCCUGGCAAGUUUGACAUCUGGUUCCAGUCGCAUCAGAUCUUCCACGUGCUGGUGGUGGCUGCAGCCUUUGUCCACUUCUAUGGAGUCUCAAACUUGCAAGAAUUUCGCUAUGGACUCGAAGGGGGAUGCACGGACGACUCUCUGCUCUGAGAACAUCUAAUGACUUUAGUACCAGCUUCCUAAGUGCUUUUUUAAACUACUUCUUUGCUAAAAUCAAAGGAAGACUCUCAACUCUUUGGGUUUUUUGUUUUGUUUUUUUAAGAGGAUGUUCUCCAGCAAAGUCCAUAAUGACCAAAUCCUUGCCCCGUCUCCGAGUGAUUUGCUGGACAUUGCCAAUGGUGUCCAAUAGGAAGAAGCACGUUCAACUAUUAGCCCUUCCUGGGGAAUAAAAACCCUCCUCCACCACACAGUGUUCUAAUCACAUUAGGAUUUUCUGUCUAGUGCAGAAAUUCUGUUUCCGAAAGCCAGGGGUGCAGAUUGCCUGCUCCCCAGCACAGAAGGGUGGCCCCAUUUUUAGCCCAGUUCUGGAGAGACGGGAAACUCAUGUAUUAGUCCAUGGUCUGGGUCUCCUCCAUAUCUGAAGGAGCAACCCGCCGCCUUCCUGAGGACUGGCCCCAGAGCCUGCAGUGCUAAUGAACAGGGGCUGUUCACAGGUUCAUGUAACUUACCUUUUAACUAUCUUUUUCUUGACACAGUAAUGUAAAUGGAAUAAGAGACUAUUUAAUAUUUAAUACUAAGCUUUAAAGAGAGACUUGGUGCCACUUCAAUGUGUCUGCCCAUGAGCUGUUUGUGGUAACACAGGAGGGUCAGGACAGUAUUUUAGGGGAAUGUAGAGCUGCUGUACUGAGUGAAAUAAAAAGGUCAAUAGUUAUUGUCA